CUCCGGCCUCCUGUGGCUUCCAGCAAAUCCUCAACUGCGCCCUGGACGACAUCGAGCUGUUCGUGGCCCGCCUGCAGAAGGCGGCCGAAGCCUUUCGCCAGCUCAACCAGAGGAAGAAGGGCAAGAAGAGUAGAAAGAAGGGCCCGGCGGAGGGCGUCCUGACGCUCAGGGCCAGGCCCCCCUCUGAGGCCGACUUCAUCGACUGCUUCCAGAAAAUGAAGCUGGCCCUCAACCUGCUGGCCAAGCUGAGGAAGCACAUCCAGAACCCCAGCGCCGCCGAGCUGGUCCACUUCCUCUUGGGGCCCCUGGAGCUGAUCAUAAACAGCUGUGGAGGCCCCGACGUGGCCCGCUCCGUGGCCAGCCCGCUCCUGUCCCGAGACUGCGUGGCCUUCCUGCGGGGCCACCUGAUCCCCAAGGAGAUGGCCCUGUGGGAGUCGCUGGGAGAGACGUGGACCCGCUCCCGAGCCGAGUGGCCCCGAGACGCCCACGUGGCCCCCUACGUCCCGAGGUUCCACAUCGGCUGGGAGCCCCCGCUGGACGUGCUGCAGGGAGCCCCCUGGGAGGUGGAAGGUGGGCCGCUGCCGGACACGGAGCGGAGCCCGGCCAACGGGUUCUCCUACCGCCACUCCCUGAAGCAGAGCCCAGGCCCCGAGCCUGCACCCCCAGGAGAAGGCUUCCCGCCAGGGGGCUCCCCCAGCUCCAACAGGAGGUUUGAGCCACCAGCCAUGGCCAAAUUCGCCAAAAUCCGUUAUGACUUCACAGCCCGCAAUGCCAACGAGCUGUCCGUGCUGAAGGACGAGGUCUUGGAGGUGCUGGAAGACAACAAGCAGUGGUGGAAACUGAGGAACAGGAGUGGACAGGCCGGCUAUGUGCCCUUCAACAUUUUGGAUGUGGUCAAACUGGAAGAUGUGUACACCCUAAAUGAGCAGGACAAUCAGAAAUACCGGGGAGAUCUGAGUCCCCGAGGCCCAGGCCCCACCAGCCCCUUCCACAAGCUGCCCCCCAGCUAUACAGGGGACAAGGAUGCCAAAGAGCAACUUAUCCACCACAUGGACGAGCUGAACCAUGAGCUGAUCAAGAAGAUGAGCAACCCCAAAGGGCAGCCGCCGCAGAGGAACUUCCGGGUGGAGAGGAGCAAGCCGGUGUUGGCGCCGCUGACCUACCAUUCCAACGCCCAGGAGGUCAGGCUGUGGCUGGAAGCCAAGUCCUUCAGCCCCAGGUGA